UGGGCUCCGUAGCACGCAGUUCCACAACGUGCGAGCAGUGAAGUGAGGACUGUUGGUUUGAACAGCUUAAACUGCUUCUAGCUGCGAGUCAUUAUAACCAAAAUGGCAGAAAGUCAAGAAGAGAUGUCUCCACUGGAGGCAAAAGUGGCACGACAGAUCGAGUACUACUUUGGCGAUCACAAUCUUCCAAGAGACCGGUUUCUCAAAGAGCAGCUGCAGGUUGAUGAUGGCUGGGUGACUUUCGAGACGAUGCUGAAAUUCAACAGGUUGAAGUCUUUAACCACAGACAGCAGCGUCCUCAUUGCAGCUCUGGAGAAGUCAAAGACUGGUCUCUUGGAAAUCAGUGAAGACAAGACAAAGAUCAGGAGGUCUCCCAGCAAGCCCUUACCCGAACAGAACGAUGAAUACAAGGAUGCAGUUAAACACAAAUCUGUAUACAUGAAAGGUUUCCCUCUUGAAACAUCCCUGGAUGAGAUUCAGGAGUGGCUGAAUGGGAAAGGCUCGGUAGUAAACAUUCAGAUGAGAAGAAACCUCCAAAGGCAGUUCAAGGGAUCUGUGUUUAUCUGUUUUGACACUGAAGAGUCAGCCAAGCAGUUCCUAGAACGCACGGAUAUAAAAUCAUUCAAAGACAACGAGAUGCUUGUGUUAUCAAGGGAAGCCUACCAUGCCAAGAAGGUAGAAGAGAGAAAACAGUUUAAAGCAGAGACAAAAGCAAAAGUUAAACAGGAAAAGGAACAACAGCAGAAACACGCAGAAAAAAAAGAAAUGGAUCUGCUUUUGGAUGAGCAGUCAGGACGUUUACUGAAGUUUUCAGGAGAGCUUGAAGGUGUUUCAAGAGAAGACUUCCACGAAUUGUUCUCUGGGCAUGGAAACAUAAAGUGGGUUGACUUCACAAGAGGGGCCAAAGAGGGCACCCUUCUGUUUGACGGGAAAGCACAGGAAGCGUUAGAUAAAGCCAAAACAGCACACGGAGAGGAACUGAAAAUCAACGACAACACUGUCACAUGGCAGCUGCUUGAAGAAGAUGAGGAGAAGGAUGUAAUGAAGAAGAUAAUAGAGGCUCAACAAGGAUCAUUCAGCAGGUCCAGAGGCAGAGGUGGAAGAGGAAGAAGAGGCCGAUGGGGAAGAGGUGGCAGAGAUCAAGGCAGAACUCAGUACCAAGGAAAAAAGAUUAAGUUUGAAAGUGAUUAUGAGCAUGAGGAGAAGGCUGUACCUAUAAAGAGAGAACGGGAAGAUCCCGGUUAUGGUCCUGCAGCAAAAGUUAUCAAAACUGAAAAUGGAUCUUAGUUAUGACUUAAAAUCAGUUUUUCUUUAAUG